AGGCGGAUGCUCGUCCGGCAGAGGGCGCGCGACGCCAGCGCGAAGCCCGGCGAGCCCGCGGAGCACGCUCAGGAGCCCGGCGACCUGGAGCAGCAGCUGGAGAACCUGCGCCUGACCUCCAAGGCGCUGCAGUGCCUCGGGGGCCUCGGGGGCGUCGAGGGCCUCAGGGCACAUGGCCUCGACGGGUUCGCCGGUCAUAGCAGCCUCGCGGAGCUCGCGGAGCUCGCGAUGGGCGACGCCCGCUGUGCGAGGAGGACCGCGCACGACGCCCCCAGCUGGUGCCAUGGGCAGUGGCAGCCAGACCUCCCGCCGCCACGCUGCCACCCGCAGGGCGGCCUCGGGGAGG